CCAGGCUGGAUUUUAAUCUUCAAUUGCCUGUCCACCUCCACCUCAGCCAGAGGACGCUGGGCAGGGUACAAAUGACACAAAGACUGUGCUGAGGUCCCACAGUACUAAGAAGCAGCAUGAGCUGGAGUCAAGAGGUAGAAAAACAAGCCCACACCCACACCCACUGCUACUGGGGUCAUUUCCUAGGGUGCUGAUAGCUGCUGAUGCUGUGUCUCUGGGCAUCGCCACACUGGGCAUGUCCCGCUGUGCAGUGAUCACAAAUGUUGAUGAUAGCUGGAAAAACAGUAUCACUUGUCACUUGAAAGCAGUAUUUCCCAGUAUCAUUUAGAUCUUAAGGUUGAUAUUUUUUCUUAAGGGCCUUCCUGAAUUCAGUUUGGUGAUCUUUACAGCCAGUCUUUGCUGAUGCAAGUCAAUAGUUCAAGACAUCCAGUUGGAGGCCACCUGGCCAUUGGCCAUUGGAAGAGAACAGAGCACAUGGUAAAUCAGGGCAUUUGGUAAGUCUCCCCUGACACACCAGUGACACCCUCAGGGGUCAGUCUAGGGACCCCAGCUGGUCUUUAGUUUUUUCGGUCUCCUGCACUCCUCGUGGUGGUGGGGGACUCUCAACACUGUGUUGGAGACAGGAAGAUAAAGCAGGAAACGUGGGAGAAAACGCAAUUCCACUGGGCAGUCUCCAGCAGCGCGCACGGGCUUCGGGGGCGUAGGUGUGGGCGGUGCCUCUGUGGAGGCGGGAAGACAAGCCCCUAAGGGGGAUGGGGCGAUUAGGAGAAGGGGCGAAGUUCCAACACCGUCGUGGGCGCAAACCAACGGCGAGUGCGGCCCGCCGGUGCCGGGUCCCAGCAUUUGCCCUGUUUUGGCCCAGGCGGAGGGCUGGGGCAGACCGGGUUCUGGCCCCUGGAAUCUCUCCGUGUCUGCAGGCUCCCUCCCUAUUUUCUUGCUUCCUCCCCCCUCGCCGCCCGUCCUAAAACGCGGCGCCUUUAAGAGGGAGCUCGGUUAUCCUGGGGGCGGGAACCCCUCGGCAGAUCGCGAGGCGGCGGCGCUCGGCCGCGAUGCUUCUCACUUUCUUCUCCAGCUGCCGUCGCUGCCGCCGCCGCCUGGAUCGCCACCGCCAUCCCCGCCUCCUCUUCCUCCUCCUCCUCCUCCUCUGCCUCGAAGCGUCGUUUUCUGCAGCAGAGGAGAGAAGUGCUAUGUCAGGAAAGUUCCGGGAGGGACUGGCUGGGGCCAUGCUCCCCGGGCUCUCCCGCAGGCGCCCGCGCGCAGCCCUUUGUAUGAGGCAAAAAGUCUCCUAUGGAAGAUGGAAGUCUUUGUGCGUUUUCCAGAGUGUGUUUCCAAGCCCAUCAGUGAAACAUGAUACUGCUGCUCUGUGUUGAAAUCCUUGAAGAACACCUACAUCUCUGCCGGCGCCUUCCAUCCUGCUGAAACCAUGGUAUUCUCUGCAGUGUUGACUGCGUCCCAUACUGGGGCAUCCAACACAACAUUCGUAGUUUAUGAAAACACCAACAUGAAUAUUACGGUCCCUCCACCAUUCCAGCAUCCCGACAUGGGUUCGCUGCUUAGAUACAGUUUUGAAACCAUGGCUCCCACCGGGAUGAGUUCCUUGACACUGAAUAGUACAGCUGUGCCCCCAACACCAGCGGUUUUAAAGAGCCUAAACUUGCCUCUCCAGAUCAUCCUUUCUGCUAUAAUGAUAUUUAUUCUGUUUGUGUCUUUUCUUGGGAACUUGGUUGUGUGCCUCAUGGUUUACCAAAAAGCUGCCAUGCGCUCCGCCAUUAACAUCCUCCUGGCCAGCCUGGCUUUUGCAGACAUGUUGCUUGCAGUUCUGAACAUGCCCUUUGCCUUGGUCACCAUUCUUACCACCAGAUGGAUUUUUGGGAAAUUCUUCUGUAGGGUAUCUGCCAUGUUUUUCUGGUUGUUUGUGAUAGAGGGAGUAGCCAUCCUGCUCAUCAUUAGCAUCGAUAGGUUUCUUAUUAUAGUCCAGAGGCAGGAUAAGCUGAAUCCAUAUAGGGCUAAGGUUCUCAUUGCAGUUUCUUGGGCAACUUCUUUUUGUGUAGCUUUUCCUUUGGCAGUAGGAAACCCUGACCUGCAGAUACCUUCCCGAGCCCCGCAGUGUGUGUUUGGGUACACAACCAAUCCAGGUUACCAGGCUUAUGUGAUUUUGAUUUCUCUCAUUUCUUUCUUCCUACCCUUUCUGGUGAUACUGUAUUCGUUUAUGGGCAUACUCAAUACCCUUCGGCACAAUGCCUUGAGGAUCCAUAGCUACCCUGAAGGUAUAUGCCUCAGCCAGGCCAGCAAACUGGGUCUCAUGAGUCUACAGAGACCCUUCCAGAUGAGCAUUGACAUGGGCUUUAAAACACGUGCCUUCACAACCAUUUUGAUUCUCUUUGCUGUCUUCAUUUUCUGCUGGGCCCCAUUCACCACUUACAGCCUUGUGGCGACAUUCAGCAAGCACUUUUACUAUCAACACAACUUUUUUGAGAUUAGCACCUGGCUACUCUGGCUCUGCUACCUCAAGUCUGCAUUGAACCCACUGAUUUACUACUGGAGGAUUAAGAAAUUCCAUGACGCCUGCCUGGACAUGAUGCCUAAGUCCCUCAAGUUUUUGCCGCGGCUCCCUGGCCACACAAGGCGACGGAUACGCCCCAGUGCUGUCUACGUGUGUGGGGAACAUCGGACGGUGGUGUGAAUAUUGGAACUGCCUGACGUUUUGGGUGAUGGUUGUUCUUUAUCUGACUUCGAAUUUUUUUCUUGUGGCUUCUCCACUUAAACUAUAUUGUUUUUCAUAGGGGGUGUGUGUGUGUGUGUGUGUUUGUGUGUGUGCGUGUGCAGUGUGAAGAAAGAAUGGUGAUUAGUUAUAAGUCUGUUACCAAGGAUACACAAUAGGGAAGUGAUCACACGUGUUACCUCCAGGGUUCAAGAGAAAUCCUUGACUUAGGGUGGGGAGAUGGUUUUCUGUUCCUUUGAUUGAUUUUGUUUUUCUAGUAGGAAUCAGGAUUGUGCUUUAUUGAGCCUGCAGUUACAGUGAAUUGUAGCUAUUCUGUAUGCUGCUAAGAUGCUUUGUCGAGUUUUAUCAAUUAUUUUUUUCUGGAAGACACUGCUGCUUUUUGCCAUCACAUUGGAGCCAAAAACCACAUACAUCUCAGUAGAUAAAUAUUUAGUUUUAUUUAAAAAAAUAACCCAAGGGGGUUAGUGACAUUCUAAAGGUCAUGAAUAUUUACUUUGGUGCACUUUAAGAAACAAUGUACAGACUAAUUCAGUCAUGUUUUUCAGAAUUGUUUUUAUACAUGACAUGUUGUGCUUCAGAAAACAUUGCAUUAUUUCUAGGAAGAUAGUUUUUUAAAAAUGUUUUGUCUGUACGUACAGUUUUAAAGGAGGGAACAUAAAAAUGAAGAACUUUUUCUAAGCACAAUAGUGAUUCUGUAGAGCGGUAGGGCAGAGUUGAGAUAGAGCACCCUUGCGAAUUUCAGUGGGAUGCAGUGAGGCUGUGGCUGGUGCGGGCUGUGGCGAUUCCUUUUACCCAAGGAUUCUCUGAGUCCAGUGGGGAGAAGGGCACCAUUUACUAGACGUCUGCCAUGUGCCAGGCCCUGUGCAUCAUUUUAUCCUCACAGCAUCCUGUGAGGGAAGUAUUAUUUCUUCCUUUUUGCAGAUGAAGAAGGCAAGUCUCAGAGAGACUAAAACCCUGCCCAAGGUUCGUGGUAGAGCUGGGAUCCAAAACUCUGUCCAAGUCCUGAGACUGCAUUUCUACUGUACCACACGGACACCUCGUUCAGGUUCAGGUUUGGACGUUUCAGAGUCAAGAGGGAACUAUGUGUAUCCUUUCAUUUUCUUUUAGACUAAAACCUUCUUUUUAAAAAUAGCUUCAUUUUUUGUAUUACCAAAAGAAAUGUGAAACCAUUACAGAAAGUCUGGAAAAUAGAAAAGAAAAAAUAAAAUCAUUUAUAACUACCUUUUUAGAGCGGAACUAAAAAUCUUAGGUAAGUAAGGGUAUAAGGAAAUAAGGGCAAUUUUUUGGUUUGCAAAACAAGUGACAAUGACUGAGAAGUUAAAUACAGCUGUAUAUAGGUCUUUGCCCUGUGGGUUUAGAUGUUACCAGUUGUCCAGAUGUGUUUCUCAAUGUUCUGGGCAGAACAGCAUUGUUGCCCCAAUGCUUGCCCAGAGCAGAGAUGGCUAUUGAAGACUGUGAAUGUGCUCAGAGGUGUGUCUCCUGUAAAGAGGUGAAGAUAAGCCCCAGUCUGAGCCUAGAGCAAGUUUUCAUUAAGGCAGGUCUGGGGUUUCAGAUUAUUUAUCUCUUGAUGAUGUUCUGCCUCUCCCCCACCCCAGGUGCAACCAGGGCCUUUGGUGCCCUUCUUUCUCUAAUCAUGAGAACACGUUAUAAAAUAUCCCCCGGGGAUGGAGCUGCAGACUAUGGCCAUAAGUGCUGAAAGUGUAGCCUCUUGGCUACAUCAUGGGCUUUAUAAAUAGGCAAGUUAACCUUGAACAUUUUUUGGAUUUAUAGCAUGUUUUCAGAAUUAUAGUGCUUUGUGACCAGUGGGAAAUUAGCCACUUUUCUUCAGUUGUACAACCAGAGAGUUGGACUAGAUGAAUCUUCAAGGUCUUGUCCAACUCUAAUGUGAGAGUAGAGAUUUUUUUUUUUUUCCCUGCGGUACGCGGGCCUCUCACUGUUGUGGCCUCUCCCGUUGCGGAGCACAGGCCCCGGACGU